AUGGCCAACUAUGAUGAUGAUCCUGGUGAACCUUCUGGGCAAUUUUCCUUUAAUAAACAAUAUGAAAUGAGCGAUAAUAUUUCAAUUAGCUCAAGUAGUAAUGCGUCUAUUUUUGAUAAGAACCAAUCGAAUAAAAAAAAGGUUAAAUUUUUUACUAAAUCACCAAAACGCAGUGAAUAUUUAGAUGCUGCCCAACUAGAAUCUCAAUCAUCAUCAUCCACUUUUCUUAUGCAAAAUCAAAACAUUACUGACUCUGAUAUGUCAAGUGAUUCCGACGAUGAAAGUUCAAACCAUUCUGUUGAAGAAAAUUCAAAAUCUUCUGACGAUGAUGAUAGUUCCGAAGAUGAAGAUUUGGAACUCUUGACUUUAACAAAUCACCAUCGUCAUCAAACACGUUCAGUAAUAAAUACUGCAAAUCAAAGUAAUGAUCAUACUCGUAUUACACAAACUAUUCUUAAAACUUUACAACAUACAAUUUAUGAUUCUUUGUUUGAUUAUUGGAGUGAACCACUAAUGCCUGGGUUAUUAGCAUCACUUUUAGACCCUAGACUAAAGAUACUAGCAAUUUGGAGUGAAGAUGUUCAAGAUAUGGCAAAAAAAGAACUAAUACGACAAUUUAAAGAACUAAUUGGUUCAAAUAUAUUAUCUGGCUCUAGUGUUUUAAAUACAUCUGAAAAUAAUUUUUGUCAUA